AUCUAAAGAAAGUCAAACCAGCCGCCACCGCGGACACCGGAAAACACAGCGCAAAGCCGGAGUAAAACCCUAGCUAUGUCCGCCGCCGCCGCCGCCGGCGGGGCUGCCCCCCUCGUCACCGCGGCGUUCCUCCUCCCCCUCCGCCUCCUCUCCCUUGCCUUCAGCCUCCGCCUCCCCACCUUCCCACCCGUCGCUCCGGCCCGCCGCUCCGCCGCGGCGCUGCUGACCGUCGCGGCGCUCCUCACCGUCACGUGCGCCAUGCCCGACGCGGGAUCCAGCCCCGCCCCCGACGCUGAGGCCCUCCGGUCGGAGAUCAGCGAGCUCAGGCUCAAGCUCGCGCGGCUAGAAUCUAUUUUGGAGGAAAACACAAAAACUUCGAGGAGUAAAGCCUACACUUUGGAGGAGGGAAACAAACCCACCGAGGCAAUGGAAACUGACAACCAGCUUUUAAGGAAUGAAGAAUCUUACUCUGAAAGCAACAUAUAUAUAAUGGAGGAUGAGGCGCAAAUCCUGCAGCAAGAGGUCAGAAAGAUAAACAACAUUGCAUACACCAUAGAAUCACUGGCAAUUAAUGCUGAGAAAAGGGUAGAGUUCCUGAGUUCGGAAGUCAAAAAGAUUGAGAGUAUAAUUACAGAGCAAUGGAUCCAGAUACGGCAAUUUGAACAAGCAUUUGUGGUAACAAAGAUGAUGACUUCGAAAGUUCAUAAAAGGAGGUUCUCUGAGGGUGCCUACAAGUGGUCUGGAAAGGACAUACUUCUGAAGUAUGUCAGGAAUGUUGAUCUACAUGGCAUGUUUCUUGCGGGGGUAUCGCACACAAGGACCUGCGUUUCUCAUACUUAUAAACACUGCAAGAGUUUCAUACAAGUAAUGAAGAGAUGCUACCAUAAGGCUUCCAAGUUCCACAAAGCGAUACAGUACCAGUGCUCUCCUGAUGUUGAUGUGCCUAAUGCCUUCUUCUUGGGUGGAUCCAUCUCAAGAUCGUGCAUUUCUCUUCCUUAUAAGCAAUUCAAGAUAUCCAUUUCAUCAGCACAACAAAUUCACUAUAAGGUCCAAGUAUAUCUCCAAGAUGCAAUGAGAUCCAACAUAUACAGCAGAGGUAUAGCAAGUGAGCCGGUCACAUUCUGCUUGGCGUAUCUCAUCGUCAUAUCUCCGUUGUGGGUCGUGUGGUUCCUUCUAUCGUCGCGAUUUGGAUCAUAGAUAUGAUCGAUGGAGCUGCAGAGUUUUGGCCCUCUACUUUUACUUUGGACGAGUAUAGAGGAGUUGAGAUGAUCAGAGCGUGAAAUGUAGCUCUAUUCUUUUUGUCUACCUUGCAAUUUUGACCAAACUGUUAAAUUUGGGGUCAUCGAUCAUCGCUCUUGUACAGUUAAUGUAUGGCCCGCGUUGAGAUAUGUACUCUUGGCAUCUUAAAAUACAAUCGAUACGAAGUAAAACAAAA